AUGCCGUUGUCGUUUGAUUACAGUGUUGUGGAGGAAUCCAUCCGUUGGCUAUUUGCCGAAGAUCGCAAGGAAGAGGCCCUACAGUUGUUGAUACAGGCCGCUGAGAUUAAUCAUGUUGAUACCAACACGAUAUUAAGACUCUACUAUGGUCAUGUUAAGACCCUGAGUUCAAAUGAAAGCAAUGACAGUGUAAACAGCACUGGCGUGCCUGAAGAAACGACAUCACCUACAGCUGCUAUUGAACCACCCAGUUCAACAGUUCCAGAUACAACAUCAACAUCAUCGAGUACAGAGCAGCCCAAAGAUGUAAAACCAACAAUUCCUGAACAUGAAGGUGCAGCAUUGACAACAACGUCACCAGCAGAUCAUACAACACCAGCAGAGACAGCAGGGUCGGGUACAACAGGACCAGGGACGACAACAUCAUCAACUCGGGGAAGGCUGGUGAAGGCGGAAGAGCCCGAAUCACGUGGUUGCCUCGGUAUAGUACACGACCAACGCCUUCUGAGGCAGACCGUAAUUUUCGCCUACGUGUGGUCUGCUGUGGGCUUCUCCUUCCUGAGCUUGUACCUAGCGGAGACGGUGCUGGCCGACGAUCUGUAUCUUAACUUCUCUGUCAAUGUGCUGUCGGAACUUCCAGCGGGGAUCAUCUUCGUUUUGGUGGUCGACAGGAUUGGUCGGAAGAACACAAUGUUCCUUUUCUUUGGAACAGCCAUAGCGUUCCUCCUCGCAUGCACACUGGUUAAGGUUCUGGCAGAUGCUGCCAUCCAAGCCUGUGUGGUGCCUGUGCUGGGACUAAUCGGGAAAUCUGGUGUUGCGGGGCUACAACUGACGCUAUUCCUGUACACUGGAGAAAGCUAUCCUACAACUUCCAGAUUGAUUGGGCUUGGCAUCAGUUCUUUGGCGGCAAAGUUCGGAAAUCUGGGUGCUCCGUUCGUGUUCUUUUUUGAGGACACCAUCCCAUGGCUCCCGACGGCGCUGAUUGCGAUCCUACUGCUGAUAGCCACCUUGGCUAUCUUGCCCCUGCCGGAGACGCAAGGGAACGACUUACCAGAGAGUGUCCACGAUGGUGCCACGAUAUACGAGACAUGA